CCGGCAAAGAUGGCGUGGGGAGCGCUGCGGCGGGUCGCGCCCGCCUUGGCGCCGCGCCUCUGGCCGCCCGCGCUGCGGCCGCGGGGGCCGCAGGUGCUCGCGGCCCGGAGGCUCGCGACCAGCUCGCUGCUGCUGUCGGCCCGCAAAUUUACAGACAAGCAUGAAUGGAUAUCAGUUGAAAAUGGUAUCGGAACAGUAGGAAUCAGCAAUUUUGCACAGGAAGCAUUAGGAGAUGUUGUUUAUUGUAGUCUUCCAGAGGUUGGGACCAAGUUGAAUAAACAUGAUGAGUUUGGAGCACUGGAAAGUGUGAAAGCCGCUAGUGAACUCUAUUCUCCUCUCACUGGAGAAGUGACUGAAAUUAAUGCUGCCCUUGCAGAAAAUCCAGGGCUUGUCAAUAAAUCUUGUUAUCAAGAUGGUUGGCUUAUAAAGAUGACUGUGGAAAACCCCACUGAACUUGAUGAACUGAUGAAUGAAGAUGCUUAUGAGAGAUACAUAAAAUCUAUUGAGGACUGAGCUGGAAUACUGAAAUAAACCCUUAUAAAAUA